AUAUCACCUCCUUCUGUCAUUGAAUAUCUACAGAAGUAUUGGAUGAAUGAUACUAAGCUUUGGUCUGCAGUUUAUCGACAGGAAAGGAGUAUAGCCAAGUUGUCAGAUACAAAUAUGCUGCUUGAAGCGUAUCAUCAUGUAUUAAAAUCGAAUCACCUUGAAGGAAAGCGAAACCGGAGAUUGGAUUCUCUGAUAUACACCCUGAACGAAAUUACGAUCCCAUACUACAAGUCUAAGCAUACUCGCCGUGAGCUUGGACUCGAAGGGGACGAUUUAGAAGAGAAAAAGCGUCAAGAUAUCACUAAA